AUUUUUUAUUCCUGUUUCCAGGAAGAUAAAUUACAAAAACAAUACUUUUGUCAUCAAAAACGAGGCGAUGUGGAAUUGGUUGGGUAUAAGUAAUGAGAAAAAGACUGCUGAUUCAUCCCCUGUAGAAAAAACAGAAGAUGGGGACCCACAAGAAGGGGAUGCCAAGAAUGAGAGUGGAAAAAUAGGUGUUGAUAGUAAUCCAGAUUCAGCCAAGAAAGUUAAAGAUGUUGCAACUAAUCUUGGCAGUUAUCUUUAUAAAUUUGCAAAUGUAGCUGGACAGACAGCUUCGAAAUGGAAGGAAACAGUGGAUGAAAAACUUGAACAUACUAUUAUUGGCGAUUUCCAGCGAGAAAAUGAUAAAUUUAUCCAUGAAAAGGAAGCAAGACGCAUAGGUGACGCAGUGCCUCCAUGGGAAGGCUACCAUGAAGAAUCAGCUAUGAAGCGACAAAUUUUAGCAUUGUCGGCGGAUGAGAGAAAUUUCCUGAGAGAUCCACCAAAUGGUGUGGAAUUUUCUUUUGAUCUUUCACAAAUGAUGCCAGUAGCCCUAGCAGCCUUGAACGAAGAUGACGACUUAAAAGUUAUGAGGUUCAAUUUAGUUCCGAAAAGAGUAAAAGAGGAAAAAUUCUGGAAGAAUUACUUUUAUCGUGUAACACUAAUUAAACAGUCGACUCAACUUUCCACAAUGGCCGACCUAGAAUUAAAUCGAUCCUCCAUGACGUCAUCAUCUGAAAGUUUAAACACAAAAGGUGGGGCGAAGGUAAAAGAUACCUCUGCUGACGACCAAGAAGGGACUGUCUUUCCAGAUGUGGAUCAGGAAAAUGCUGGAAGUCCAUCUACUAAUGAAUUUGUCAGCGAUGCAUUUCAAACGCAAGAAGAAGGCUUAAGCGAAGAAGAAAAAAAACAAAUGCUCGGAGUAGGUGAUAAAGUUGACUCGGUUACUAAACAAGGCACUGACGAAACUAAAACUUUGGAAGAUUGGGAAAUCGAGCAGGAAUUACAAGAAGAAUUGGAGAGUUUUGAGCUAGUGAACGAAAACGCACCUAGUGCUGACGAUGGAAAGUGGGAACAAGAAAUCGAGGAUAUGUUAGAACUGGAGGAAAAUGAAGAGAAGUCAAACCCUUAGAAGAUCUAUGAUCUACGAGGUUCUACAAAGUAUUUAUUAAGGCCCUUGCCUUGUGCUUGAGAAAGUUCUUUGAAAUUGGUCGGGGAGGGGUCCUGCAAAUGGAUGGAGAAGUACGCUAAGUUGGAGAGUCGUGAAGCAUCGCCUAAAAAAACAUUGUAUAUAUCUUGGAAUUUCAACAAUUUUUUAAAAAAGGAAAAAUGCUUAAGGUUUCUUCUUACAACAUGUACACAUUCUGACAAAAAUUGAUUCCCAAGUUUUUUCGGAUUUAUGUGGUAUCGAGAAGUCAGGUGUUUUCACUUUAUCUAAAGUAAAUAAUUGAAUUUGUAUGUGAAACGAAUUUUUGUUGUCUAGUCACACACCAUGCAUGUUGUUUUGUUCAGUUUCGAUCAGCUGUAUGUAUUACUAAAUAUUUUUAAUAAAAGGUAAAGUAUAUAGAAACUCUUACGAUAUUCAAAACUGCGUGAUGUCAUAUCCAUAGGGAGCCUGUGGACGAGGCUGGGAUUUAAGUACAAAUAUAAACAAGAAAUUGAGAA